AUGGCGCCUACUCGCCGCGUUGCGAUUAUCCAGUGGUACAUCAAGGAGCUGGCAACUGAAGACAACCAUGCCAGAGCAUGCAACUAUAUCCGCCAAGCAGCGGCUGACGGUGCAGAACUAGCUGUUCUCCCUGAAUACCAUCUAACCGGCUGGAGCCCAAACGACCCUUGCUGGGCUGUCCAAGCCGGCGAGUCAGCCAAAUACCUCGUCAACUAUCAGGCUCUUGCGAAGGAGCUCAAGAUCUGCCUUGUCCCUGGCACUAUCAUUGAGAAACAUGCGGUGCCCAAUGGCACGGCGGUCUUCUACAACACCGCGUACUUCAUCUCGAACGACGGCGCUAUCCUCGGCUGCUACCGCAAGAAGAAUAUCUGGCACCCGGAGCGUCCGUAUCUGACCUCAUCCGCUCUGGAGCGCCACGAGGCAAUCAACACGCCGAUCGGCCGCAUCGGCAUGCUAAUCUGCUGGGAUCUGGCGUUCCCAGAGGCAUUCCGCGAGUUGAUCGCCGACGGCGCUGACAUAGUCAUUGUCCCUACUUUUUGGACACCACACGAUGCUUCUCCAGAGACCCUUCGCCACAUCCCAGCCUCGGAGGCCCUCUUCCUAGAAUCCACUAUCACAUCCCGCUGCUUCGAGAAUACCUGCGGCAUCAUCUUUGUUAACGCAACAGGUCCGAAGGAGAACUUCCUGGGUAUGUCUCAGGUUGCGCUCCCGAUGAUCGGGCCGGUGGUGAAGAUGGGAACAGAAGAGGGCGUUCGGGUUGUGGAUAUGGAUGUGGAACUUCUGGAUAUUGCGGAGAAGACAUAUAAGGUUCGGCAGGACAUUGGAAAGGAAGAUUGGCAUUAUGGUUACCGGCAUUCGUCUCGUAGAGGGUCCAGAAUCAUAGAUUUGAAUGUCGAUCUAGAAUCUUCUUCCGCAUAA